AUUUAUUGAAAAUUCUACCAAUCUAUUAAUUGAUUGAUUCAUCAAAUGUAUGUUUACGUUUACGUCUAAGCUUGUAGCAUAUAUGCUAUAUAUUAUACAUAACUUAUUUCUCCUUGAAAUAUGUGAUUUUCUUUUAUUUUUUGUACAUACUAAUAAUAUAAUAAUAGUUUAUAACAGGGAUUUACCUAUAAUUCAUUUAUGGUACAGUUAUUGACAGAACAAUUAGAACAAUAAAUAAAAGAAUUAGACGAAGAUAAGGGAAUUAAUAGACGCGUAAAUUUUUUAAAUGGAACACGUGACCGUAUGAAAUGGGUAGAAAGGCGCCGCGCACAAAAAUAAAAAUAUGCAACAGUUGAUUUAAAAAUUAAAGCGAAUAGAUUAAUUGUAAAGUAGUUUUGAUUACCAAAUAUUCUUGUUUCUUAAAGCAAUUUUAUUGUGAAUAAAAUCUAUUUUUUUGAAAGUAUCUAUCUCAAGUCAUUGAUAUGUAUAUAUCUUUGCUUAUUUUACUCUAAAGUGUUGGCUGUAAGAAUACUAAAUGAAAUGUCGAAAUUGAAGAGAAAUGCAUCUUGGUUAGAUUCAUUUGAUUUUGGUGAAUUUGAUGAAUCUGUAUCUAAAACAAUAAAUUUAUCGCAAGAAGGCCACAAUGAAAAAACUGAAAAUUCUUUUCAUGUUCCAACUAGUUUUCCUAUAACAAAAAAAUCAAGUUGUAGUCUAUCUGCUUUACUAAAUGCUUGCUCUGCACAAAAACAAUCAGAGUUAGCAGUUAGUAAACAAAAACAAAAUGAAAUUUCAAAAUGGUUUCAAGAAAAAGUAAAAUUAGGCAAUCCAAAUAUAUUAGUUAUUUCUGGACCAUCUGGAUGUGGCAAAACUGAAGCCAUUAAAAUUAUUGCAAAAGAGAACAAUUUUGAUAUUGUAGAAUGGAUAACACCAAUGGAUCAAGCUGUGGAUGAGAGUAAUCGAAUGAUGAGACAAGGGGAGAGAUUUGAAGACUUUUUGAUAAGAGCAACUCGUUAUAGUUCAGUAUUAUCAGAUUGCAGUAGGCGUUUAUUACUGAUUAAAGAUAUACCAAAUUCUUAUAUUGAAGGGAAAGAUGAUUUUGUUGUUUUGUUACAAAAAUAUUGCCAGUAUGGAAGAGAACCAUUAGUAUUUAUAAAUACAGAAACUAGUAACUCAAAGUUGUUAACAACUUUAUUUUCUCAAAGUAAUCGUGAUCGUUAUAGAAUUGAUUUGAUUAAUAUUAAUGCAACCACUCCAACAGCUUUAAAAAAUAUAAUGAAAAGAGUUUCGAGUAUUUUAAAUUCUAAAGCCAGUCAUAUGUUACAUAUUACACAAGAAAAGAUAGAUGAAGUGCUGUCAAAUAAUAUUGGUGAUGUUCGAAGUGCACUUUUAAAUUUAAUAUUUCUCUCUUUGAAAGUUACACGUAAAUUUGACAGUGAGUGCACUCAUAGAGAAGAAACUCUUGGUUUACUACAUGGUAUUGGUAGAGUAAUAAAUCCUAAAAGAACUUUUCAAGGAACAUCUUGGAAAUUUGUGCAUAAUCCAGAUGAUUUGGCAUCAACUUUUCAUUCACAUGCCAAUACUUUUAUCAAAUUUAUACAUGAAAAUUAUUUGAAUACAAUAGGGUCGAAUGUAGAUGGAGCUAAUUUAGCAAUAGAUACUAUAAGUUUAGCUGAUGUAAUGAAUUCAGAAUGGAGAGACGCUAAUAUACAUAAAUUAGCGCUGUCUUAUUGUGUUCGAGGUGUAAUGAUUGCAAAUGAUAAACCUGUAUCACAAUGGAAUCCAGUGCGGAAACCUUUACAUUCGGAGCAUGAUGUGCAAAGAAAUUUCGAUAUAGCAGAAGUCAAGUGGUAUGAAAAUUAUAUCAAGCCAAAGUUAAAGAAAGAAAUUAAUCGAGCAGAGUUGCCUGAAUCAAUAAUUGAAGAAAUUACUGAUUGGUGAAUAAACUGUUGAAAUUAUAAAUAUAAUAAUUUUUUAAGAACAAAAAUAAAUGGCAUAUUUUUU